CUCCAAACAAAAAGAGUAUUGAGGUUACUACAGCCUUUUGCCGUAUUCCUGGAUGCAAAGUAUCAUAUGCUUUUCACAGAUCAAUAACAAAUUUACUAGAUCACCUUCAAAAAAAACAUAAUAUAACUAAAGAAAGUGAAUAUAAUAAAUAUAUUCAACAAAAUAGUUCUGAAAAAAAACUUAUUCAACAAAAGCUUGAACAUAUUCUAAUAAAGCCAUAUGAUUUAAAAAAACAAGAAAAAAUAAUUCAAAAGCUUUUAAAGCUAAUUGUUAGAGAAGAACUUUCUCUUAUUCUUAUAGAAUGCAAAUGGUUUAGAAAAUUUGUUAAUUAUAUUGAUUCUCGCUUUAAAAUUCCAUGCAUUAAUAAUGAUUUUGAAUUGUGUGAAACAUUAUUAGAAAUUGAAGAAUUUAAAUACGAACAUACAGCAGAAAGAAUUGCACAAUUUCUUGAAGCUGCAAUAGAAAAAUGGUCAAUUCAAAAUAAAGUUAUUACAAUGUCAACAGAUAAUGGGUCUAAUAUUAAAGCAGCUUUUCAUCACUAUCUUUCUCAUAUAAUUAACAUUCCAUGUGUUGCACACACACUUCAACUAAGUGUUAAACAGAGUAUUAUCGCUGCUAAGUCUUUAUUUUAG